GGGACAAGAGUUUCACUUUCAGUUCUUCGUAAUCGCGUUAACGGUUGGUGUGGUUGCGGUUUUUAAACCCAGAUAAAAGCCCUCAAACUCUCAGCUGGUUGGUUGGAGGGUUUCCAAGUGCGAGAGCGAGCGAGAGGAGCGGUCCUCAAUUAGAAAUGGAGGCCAGCUUGACCUGUGCAGUUUGCUUAUCGGUGUUUGAGAACCCCACCACUCUGCCUGUUUGCUCGCACAAUUUUUGCAAGAAAUGUAUCUUGGAAUGUGUCACCAAGUCGUUCUGUUCGGGUUUCGGGCUGGGCAUCUGCAGCAGCGGUAGCAACAACAUCUGGAGGAACAGCCAGCUCGAGUGCCCCCUGUGCAGAAAGACCAACUUCAUCGCCGAGGGCGCCGUCAACCUGCCCAGCAACACCACCCUGGCUGAGGUGGUGAAGCUCUUCAGGUCGCAGCAUUGCGAAGGCGGCGGCAGGAAGGAGCGCUGCGGGGAGCUGGAGGAGAACGCGGGCCCGGGAGCCGGCGCCAGGAACCCGGGCGAGGGGUACGCGCUGUGCGACCGCCACCCGUCCCGCAGCUUGCAGCUCUUCUGCAAGGUCUGCAAACAGGUGGCGUGCGGCCAGUGCGUGUCUGAGCACCACCGCGGUGUCUUUCACUCUGUCAACCUGAUUGACAUGAUCUACCAGGAAGAAAAGCUUGAAUACUUUAACAACCUGAGAGAACUGAGACAGCUGAAUGAGAGACUAAAGGCCGAAGUUGCUGAUGUCCCUUCGGAUAUCGAGCUCAUUCUGGAAUAUGAGAAAGAACUUGUUGAGAACAAGUUUGAUGAGAUUUCAGAGAAAUUGGAACUGAAAAGAACGCAGUUGUUGGAAAAGAUUGAAAAGCAAAUUGAGUGCAAGAAGGCUGAACGCAUAGCUUGCCUGACAAGAAAGCGAACACAGAAGGACACGGUCGAGAAAUACUUGAAGGAUUGUGAAAGGCUGGUGAAUGAAUGCAAUCCUGUACAUUUUCUUAAGGUGGCUUGCGACUUAAAUGAAAGAGUGCGGAGCAACCUUGCUAUCGUCCUCCCUACUUUGAAAAAGCAUAAUGAAUCAGCUUGUCUGCAGCCCUGUCAGUUUCACAUAGAACCAGUUCUGGAUAGCAUCUCUGCACUUCAGUUGGCCAAAGGUACAGCAGAACUUAAUUGUGCCUUGGGUAAUGGCAACUCCACAAGUCAGAUAGUCACAGAUGGUUACCGAUUUAAAACUCCCUUGAAAAUGUGGAAACGGCCCAAGGAUUCCGAAGGACCAAAAUUUUCUCCAGAAACCAUCAUUGACUUUCUUGAUGGCAAGCAAAAUCACCAUUGGUGUCUUACUUCAAAGGGUGAAUAUCAGGACAUGAGUCUGGAGGAAGUACGCUACAAAUACUAUCAAUCCUAUAGAAAAGACUGGAACUGUUUUAUGAAUGAGAAGUGUUCUAGCGAUGUAAAUAGUGUAAACCCUUCAGUAUCUUCUGGUACUUCUACGGAUAUAUUGGAAAACCAUGAUGGAAUAAAGCAGCAUCCUGCCAAACUAUUUAGCUUUGGUCAUUCCAGUAAAAAAGUGAAAAAGAAAUACCUUGGCAAAGGUUCAAGUAAUUUGGAGUUGAAAUUGUCUCAUGAUUUAGGAACCAUUGCUAGUAAACCAUCAACUUCAAACACUGGCAUUUCAUUAUCCAGAAACUUUACAAAGUUGCCUAUUGUUGAAGAUGUACCUCUGCCCUAUAAUUCAGGAGCUGCCAUUACUAAGUCAUCUGUUUCAAACUCUGAGAGAUUGUGUACUGAACAAAAGAAGCAAGAGGAUAGUUCUGUUCCAUCAGCAUCAGUUGAAUCUGCAAUCAUUUCAAACAUUCCAAGUGUUGUUAAAACUCUGCCAACAACAAGUGUCACAGAGUCUUGUCCAGCCACUUCAACCUCGUGUACAGCAGUGCCAGUUUUUGACAAAACAGAUGAACACCAGUUCUUCAGAACACCUGCCUUCAGUUCUGCUGGUUCCACAGAAACAAAAUUCUCCGAAUCACCACAUACACAAAAUGUUUCCAGUAAUUCUAACAUUAGUAAAGGGCCAGUUAACCCCACAGCCACUUCUGAUGUUUCACACUCAUCUGUGUUGCCCAGUAGCUCUACAAUUGGAAAGGCUGCUUAUCGGAACUUAGCCACCAAAAUAGAAAAUGAACAAUCUCUGUUUUCAUCAAAAAGUUCCAUGCUUGACAAGCCAAGUGAGAGCUCUUCCACAAGUAGUACAGUGACUAAUUUGACUAGUGUAUUUCACAAUAACAUAACUUGUGAUUCAUCUGGUAAAAAUGUACAGCAUGACAUUGGGCAAACAAGCACUGUCACAUCCGCUGCUGACAAUGGCAAAGACUAUUCAGUUGGAACAGCAUCUGCUUUUUUCUUUGCAAAAACUGCAGAAGAAUGUUCACCAAAAAGCUCAUCAAAAUCACCUUUUUGCUUGAAUACUUUCGGGCCUUUAUGUGAUCAAAACAAGACAAUACCACAAAGCUCCAUUCUCUGUUCCAAAACUGAAAAACCCAAAUCUUUAUACACCAGAAUUCCUAAUGCACAAUUUUCAGCCAAAUCAAAUAAAUCUUCAAGAAACAAAAAAAGUUCAUCCACCACUGGUUUGGUUAGAAAAGGUGAUGCUUCUAAGCUCUUCGUACCUGCCCAGUCCUGUAGUGAUGUUUCAAAUUUGAAUGAUAAACAAGUUCUGUCUUUUGACAAGUCCUCUGUUUUUAAAUGUGAAGGUCCAGGUACUGUCACAGCUACUUCAUCUUUGUUUACAUCCUACUCCUAUUCCUCACUGUUUGCAGGCAACUUUAAGCAAGCUCCAAGCAUAAAGCCAUCAAACCAUUCUACUAGCUCCUCUGAAAUGUCCUCCGUUUGCUCUGUGACAGAUUCAGCUGGUAUUAUUCCAAUGGCUUUCACAACCUGUUUCAGUCAACAACUUUCAGCAGUAAGUCAGCAGCAAAGCAUUGUUAAACCAUCUGAUUUCACGAAAGUGAAGAAAGACUUUGAGGUACCGAUAGCUGCUGAACCAUCUAAACAGAAUAAUGUACAUUUGUCUGAUUCUAAGCAUGAAGACUUGCCACCAGCAGUGAGUGAACAGCAAAGUAUUGAUAAAACAUCAACCAAUAUCAGUUUUGAAAACUGCAAACCAAAAGAGGCUCCACAAACUGAAAAGUGGUUAAGUUGUAAACCAGUGGUACUUCAAGAGACAAAAUCAGCUAGCUCUACAUGUGUAGGUUUCAGCAAAGAACUCUCUUCGGCAGUCAGUCAACAACAGACCAAUGUUGCAACCCCUGGUGCUGGAGUUGGAGCUUGGAAAGUAAAGGAGACUGCAGCAUCUGAAGUGCCUGUAAGUACACAACGACCUGGUACUGAUGAAGAAUCUGGCCCCUCUUUGCAACCUAAUAGCAUGCCAGCUUCACUUGAAAAUUUAUUGGAGAAGUUUUCCACUAACAUAGAAGAAAGAGGAAAAGAAUCACCUGUGUUCAAUGAUCAAAUCAAGGAUGUACAAGAAUUGCAUUCUUUUGAAAAUCCAGGGCACACUGGAGUGCACCAGAGUCCUGCACCCUCCAAUGACAUUUUUCUUGCAGAACAUGAAAACAGCACAAGUGAUACAGCAGGCCCUUCAUUUAGUCCAGCGAGGCAGAUCAUUUUGGAGCCACCAAAUCUUUCAUCACACAGAAAAGAAUUUGCAUUUGUUCCACAAAGUUUUGCAUCCAAAAGCAAUAGUUUUGGGGAAGCUAAUAAUAGCACAAAACCAGAAGCUAUCCGAAUAACAUCAGCUGAUUGUCCACUUGGCACUCCUACAGGUUUUGGCACUGUUUUUGCUUUUGGUGCAGGUCAUGGUUUCCAGUUCAAACCAGGAGUAAGGGGCCAACCAUUUGCAUUAGGGGAAAAGGGGGAUAAGGGAGAUUGUAAAACUGGACCCAAACCAAUGUUCCCAUUUCCUCCUCCAGUUAAUCACCCACCCACAAUGGUAACUGCAGAAGAUAUUCUCUUCUCUAACCGAGCAAAGUUAUAUUACUAUGAAAGGACAUCCUUGCAGUGGAAGGAACGGGCAUUUGGAGAAAUUAGAAUUUUGCAACAUAAAACAACAAAGCUACCACGCCUAGUGAUGUGGAACAGUGCUAAUAAAUGCUGUGCCAAUCAUUGGAUCACGAGUAACCUGGAGCUGAAACAUUCAAAAAACAGCAGUCACAGCUGGACUUGGAGUGCACUGGAUUAUUCGGGGAGAAGGGAUAUCUAUUUAGAUUUGGCUGUACACUUUAAACUAAAAGAAACUGGUCAGAUGUUCAAGGAGGUUUUUGAAUCAGUACAAAGUACAACUGAAGUGUCUAAAUCAACAGAAAACAGCUUGUGCUGUUCAGCAGAAAAUAAUACAAGUGAUCAAAAUGGGGUUUUUUCAUUUGCUGUGGCAUCUGAUUCAAAAGAAGGAAAGUCUUUGCAAGAAGAUGAUGAAGAUGUAGUCAUUCUGAGUGAAGUUACACCAACCCCAGAGCAGAAAGCGCUUGCCUUAAAGUUGCUCCUUCCGCCAACUUUCUUCUGUUAUAAGAACAAGCCGGGAUAUCAAAGCAGUGAUGAUGAAGAUGAGAAUUUUGAGACUGCGAUAAGGAAACUUGGUGGACAGCUUUAUCCUAAUCAGAAUUAAUAUUUUUAAUGCCUGCUUGUGGUUCUGCCUGGACAGCUGAGAAUUUUUAGUUUUAUCCAGUAAUCACUGAAGAGAGCUUGAUUUUUGUAUGGUAUUUCAUAAGAACGCAAGUGGGACCAGGUGUAGAUUAUGACGUCCAUGGAGCAAGCUACUUACUCAUUAAAAUCAAGACUGAAAUAACUCUUAGUUUAAUUCCAAUCGCAUAUUUACCUAAUUCCCUCAGUGCCCCAAAAUCUACUGAUCAGUCAUGAAUUUAGUUAUUACUGAUGUAUUUGAAUAAUCAGUACAGAUCUAUAGGAGCUAACAUUUGUAUUUAUUUGUUUACAUUCAGUAUAUUAAAAUAGAACCUGAAGAGUGCCUGAAAACUUCCAAGUACAAAAUAGAUCUAACAAAGUUCACUUUGCUAUUUGUAAAUGAGAGUUUCAUAUUUGUUAUUGAUGGACUGGGAAAUCCUGUUUUGCAGCUUUUAGCUGUGUAUGUUGGUAUUCUUGCACUUGAAUGUACUCACAGAUGUGCAUUGGCCACAUGCAUACUGACAUUGUUCUAAUGUUUUUUAAAAUCAGUUUUACAAUUUUACAUAAAGGUGUGAAAGACCAAUCAGUGCGCCUAAAGUAGGUUCAAAUGGUAAAAGGUGAAGAGCAAGAAAGUUUAAUGUAAAAGAGCAUGUGGGAAUGGAUGCAGGUGUGUGGGUUGGUUACACUGGGCAAAAUUGAGUCUACAUUGGAAAGCCCACAUUUGCAUUUAACAGCAGGACAAGAGAUUUGCCCCUAAUUUAUUUUUUGGAAUGGGAAUCCAGAGGUUCCACCUGUGGAAAGCUCUGAUUUGACUUGCCAAGAUCUAUAUAGUUAAGUUCCCAGAAAAUUUACUAUAUGGUGUGAGAUGAAAUCAGCUUCAAGGAGGAUGGAAGUGCAUUUACAGCACUCCUAGGGAUUCUCUUGAUUUUCAACUCUCCAUUCCCCACUCCCAAAUCACUAUCGAAGUGGCACCUGAUCCCACAUUCUAUUCCCCCAACUGAAUGGAGGGGUGACCCUAUCAAUCAUACUUAGCCCUCCUUCCUCAGAAAAUAACCUUUUGGGGCUGCAAGAUGUAUAUUGUGGAGUUAAAACCCCACAUGUAGGAAAACCCAGAAGUUCUGGCAAAUAUACAACAUGUAGUCAUGAAAAUAAGGUCUGAUUAGAAUCUGUAAGAGUAUUGGUUGUUUCCCUGGCAUUUCUAUAUGAAACUGGAUUCAGUCCUA